AUGGGGAGGAGGCGUUCUCGUUGUUCAGAAGAAGCUUUGAAUGCUAAAAGGGCAUGGACAACCAUGGAGGACAAAAUUCUAACUGAAUACAUUAAAAUCCACGGUGAAGGACAAUGGAACUACCUUCCUCUAAAAGCAGGACUUAAAAGAAAUGGGAAGAGUUGCAGACUGCGAUGGUUAAAUUAUCUAAAACCGGGUAUUAAGAGAGGAAACAUCAGUCAAGAAGAAGAGGACCUCAUUAUUAGGCUUCACCAACAACUGGGCAACAGAUGGUCUGUAAUAGCAGGACUGCUUCCAGGGCGAACGGACAAUGAAGUCAAGAACUACUGGUACACAAAAAUUAGCAAAAAGAUCAAACAUGACCACGGUCAUGAUCAUGGCGAUUCUACCGCUUCUAGUGAUCCUAAGCCAUCAAAUGAUGGCGACUAUGAAUCCUUACAAGGGCAGAACCUCACAAAGAAACAGCAAGGCCUUUCUGAAGUGCCACAACCAAGUCAAAACGAGUAUGAUGAAACGACAAGCAUCCCGUGGCCUGCACAACCCUGGGACAUUGGGGUCCACGAGCAUUUUGAGACUAUAUUUUCCCCGGUUAGGAUCUUGGAGGGAAAUUACCAACUUAUGUAUGAUGAUGCUUGGAUGGACUUUGACUUUGAGAUAUGGAACAACCUUUCUUGACCAAACAGUAUUGAUUUUCCUCUAUCCCAUGGUAAAGUAUAGUGGUUCAAAAAAAAAAAAAAAAAGCUAGUUGGUUCUUGAUAGGGUACGAAAGGAUAUAAAUAAAGAGUGUUAGGGUUAGCUUGAGACCAAAUAAGAACAUUGUUAGAUUUGGACGGAAAAUAUGUGGUUUUUUAUUUUUAUUUUUUGAGACAUGCCAAUGAAAAAUACCCGUCACCCUACCAUGAUGUAUGACGCUUUUCGACCAAAUUCAGUUGUUUAGGCCUUCAAAAGGGCCUUUAUUAUUAUUAUUUUUAGAAGU